AUGAGGCCGCUGGCUCAGCAGCAGAUAUCUUGUAUGAAUGAGGCCCUGGGGGUUCACCCCUUCUCCCCACCCAGCCAACGACAAAAUCAGGCCUCCUCGGCCAACUCUGCUUAUUUUUCACGGGAGCAUAAUAUUCCACUCGAAGAUUCCAUUGUCCUUUCCUGCAGACCAGGCCUUCGGAAAUAUCACAGGGAGGCAGCCAAGGAGAAGCGCAAACCCUCGGCGCGCUUUGCAAACAGCCCAACAACGGUGGUCUUCCCUUCCCUGCACAGGGAGGAGGAGCGCGCGCUCCCCGGGGCUGCGGAGAGCGGCGGAGGUGGGUCGGCCGCCUUUGCGCGCCCCCCAACAUUGGCACCGGGGAACCUCACGAUUCUAGCCGGAGCUUGGAGAACUGACCUCAUCCCUGCCUCCCCACCCUGCAAGCUUCACCUGCUGCUGCUGGGUGGGUGGACACUGAAAUUUAGGGAGGUGAUUCCCCGGGCGACCUCAGCCUCUCGGUUUCCCAGACUUAAGUGCUUCGUGGAGUUGGGGGGGGUGCACCCCGAAUCCCUCAACCUCGUGCACUCCUGUUGCUGCUGCUGCUUCUGGGGACUGAAAUUUGGGGAGUGCACCCCUCGGUUUGCCAGACUUAAGUGCUUCGUGGAGUUGGGGGGUACACCCCAAAUCCCUCCUACCCCGUGGGCCCCAGCUGCUGCUGCUGCUGUUGCUGCUGGGUGGACACUGAAAUUUGGGGAGCGUAUUCUCUCCCCAUCCCCAUCCCCUGGGCGGCCUCAGCCCCUCGGUUUCCCAGACUUAAGUGCUUCGUGGAGUUGGGGGGUGCGUGCGCCCCCCGCCACCGUCGAUCUCAAGCUGGAGAUUUUAAAGACCCUCGAGAAGAGCCACGUCGGGGGCUGGUUCCCCUGGGGCUUCCUCCCGUCCCCCGACUUCCUGAUCCUCUGGAGCAUCCCAGAUGCCUGCAAGGAUGUGGACCUGGACGUGCUGGUGGAGGCGCUGAGGCCCGUGGGCACCUUCACGAAGAUCACCAAGGUGUUCCGCGAGGAGGACUCCACCGUGGGGCUCCUGCAGAUCGGGGAGGACGUGGACCCCCUGCGCAUCCCCCGCGAGGUGCGCCUGGCCGGAGGCGUGUGGCGGGUCAUCUCCAAGCCGGCCACCAAGGAGGCCGAAUUCCGCGAGCGCCUCGCGCAGUUCCUGGAGGAGGAAGGCCGCACCCUCGAGGACUUGGCCCGCAUCCUGGAGAGGAGCACCCCGCACCCCCCGAGGCCGGCCCCGGCCAAGCGCAGGGUGCGAAGGCGCGUGGCACAGAUGGUCACCCCGCCGCCUCGCCUGGUAGUGGGCACCUACGACAGCAGCAACGCUAGCGACAGCGACCUCGACGACUUCGAGGCCGUCCGCCCCGUCGGGGUUGGCAAGGCUCAAGCCCAUCCGAGGCGCCGGCGAGCCAUGCCCGUCAGUUACCUGGGCAGCAAGUUCCUGGGCAGCGAGGUGGAGAGCGGAGACGACGAGGAGCUGGUGGAGGCCUUUCUGCGACGAGGGGACAGGCCGGAGGACUCGGGGACGGCCCUCCACCGCCGCCUGGCAUCGCCCGUGCCCGCCGUGGACGACAGCCCCGGGCCCCCGCGGUCCAAGCCCGACAGCUGGCGGGGGUACGUGGGCCAGGUGUCCUGGGGGAAGCUGAAGCGGAGGGUGAAGGGGUGGGCGCCCAGGGUCAGGGCGUCUGGGUUGGGCGUCUUCAAUGUGGGCAAUGAGGCGGCGAUGGCAGGCGCCUCCGGGGUGGCCUGGGGGCAGGCCAGCCCCCCGUGGCAGCUGUGGAGGCCCAAAAUCAGUUGGGUGUCGUUCCGGAGACCCCGCAUCAGGAAGGAAUUGGCGAGUAUCUGGGCUGACCAGCCUGAAGGGUUUCCAGCUAGUCAGAGGGCAGAGGCUGCAGAUAACCCAAGGGCAGAGGCGCCAGCUGUCCAGGAGGCAGAGGCUGCAGAUAAUCAGAGGCCUGAGGCCAUGGCGGAUCAGUGGGCAGAACCUAGAGAUAACCAGAGGGUAGAGGUUUUAGCUGGGCAAGAAGCAGAGGCAGAUCAUCAGAGGGCAGAGGCCCCCACUAUCCAGGACGCAGAGGCUAGAAAUCAUCAGAGGGCAGAAGCUGCAGAUGAUCAAAGAGCAGAAGCCUUAGCAGGCCAGGAGGCAGAAGCGGCAAAUAAUCAGAGGAUGGAGGCCCCAGCUGACGAGGGGGCAGAGGCCAGAGAUAAUCAGAGGGCUGAAGGCAACGCUGUUCAGGAAGCAGUGGCCCCAGCUAGCCAGAGACCAGAAGUUCCAGCUGGUCCGAGGGCAGAAGCCAUCCUUCCCCAGAGAGUAAACUCUCCACUUGUCCCGAGGGCAGAGCCACCCCUUGCCGAGGGAGCAGGUCCCUCGCGCGAGGAACCAGAGGCCUCGAGGGGGGCCCGGAAGCAGGUGAAAACAGUUCGGUUCCAGACCCCAGGCCGCUUCUCCUGGUUCCGAAAAGCCCGGAGAACCUUCUGGACCGGCCCACGGCUGCCAGUGCUACCCAAGAGAGCACAGAGGGGCGAGGCUGAAGUCGGGGAGCGGGAAGAGCAGGUGUAA